AUGGACGAGCCACAUCUCAAACGAAAGCAUGCGUUACUUGCCAAAUAUCCUGAGAUAAGACAGCUUUAUGGUUCAGACUUUAGUACAUUUUAUGCAGCAACGGUGAUCAACCUGGUUCAACUCGGCCUUGCCUAUUACUUUGGCCACUACAACUCAAGCCAUUGGACGAUGAUCCUUGCUGCGUACUUUAUUGGCGGCACAAUGACCGGUAUCGUAGGUGUGAUUAUCCAUGAAGCCUGUCAUAACCUGAUUACGGGCGACAAGACGCUGGACCGCAUCAUGGGCCUCUACACCAACUUGGCACUACCUGUACCCAUCUCACAGUCCUUCCGUCGGUACCAUAUUGAGCAUCACACUUGGCAAGGCGUCGAAGGACGAGACCCAGACUUACCACUGGAGUGGGAAAAGAAGUGGAUCCGAGGCAGCGCAUGGAAAAAGUGUGCAUGGAUCUUGAUUUAUCCAGUCAUGUAUGUCGCUCGAGGCGCUAUCUUGCAGCAACGAUGGGGACAUACGCCCAAACGAUGGGAAUGGAUCAAUCUGGCUGUCACCGUACUGGCCAACGUGUUUGUUCAACGUAUCGCUACCUGGCGGGGGCUGUUUUACCUCUUUAUAUCAUUGUGGUGUGGGUACUCGUUGCAUCCGGGAGCUGCCCAUUUCAUACAGGAACAUUAUGCAUUUGAUGACGGGCAAGAGACGUAUUCGUACUAUGGUGUGUUGAAUAUACCCUUUAUGAACAUCGGGUAUCAUAAUGAGCAUCAUGAUUUUCAAAUGGUUCCUUGGUCACGUCUGCCACAUGUUCGCGCUUUGGCUACAGAAUAUUAUGAUUCAUUGGCUUAUCAUACCUCUUGGCUUUUGGUUCAUUGGAAAUUUAUUUUUGAUCCAGCCAUGGGGCCACAGUCAAGAGUGGUGCGUGAUUAUGAUACCUUCAAGUCGGGUCGAUCUUUAUUAAAGAAGAUUCAUCAAUUGAACCGAAAGAACGAUUGA